CCUACCCUUUUAGGCUGUUAGAUGUAUUGGUCAGCUGUUUGAAUUACGAUCAUCGACAUUUCUGAAGCGAUGGCGACUGCGUUGUCCGGCAUGCAAAAGCUCCUCGAAGUAGGCACCAAGAUCGUUGCCGUUGGCCGUAACUACGCUGCUCACGCCAAAGAACUCGGUAACGCUGUACCUAAGGAGCCGGUUUUGUUUCUCAAACCGACGUCGUCUUACCUAGAAAAUGGAGGGACCAUCGAGGUUCCCCAUCCGUUGGAUUCACUUCAUCAUGAGGUGGAGCUUGCCGUCGUGAUCGGAAAGAAAGCUCGAGAUGUACCUGAAACCACUGCCAUGGACUAUGUUGGAGGCUAUGCGUUGGCACUCGAUAUGACUGCUAGGGAAAUACAAUCUGCUGCAAAGUCUGCAGGUCUUCCAUGGACAGUGGCGAAGGGACAGGACACCUUCACACCAAUUAGCACUGUUCUACCAAAGUCAGCAUUGCCCGACCCAGACAACGUUGAACUCUGGUUAAAGGUGGAUGGAGAAGUACGACAGAAGGGCUCCACCAAGGAUAUGAUUUUUAAGAUCCCAUAUCUCAUUAGCCACAUAAGUUCAAUUAUGACACUUUUGGAAGGAGAUGUCAUCUUAACAGGCACUCCACCAGGUGUUGGCCCUGUAAAAGUAGGUCAAAAGAUAACAGCCGGAAUAACAGGCCUCCUGGAUGUUCACUUUGAUGUUGCAAAACGCAAAAGGCCUGGAAGCGUUUGAGCUUAUGGCUCAAUGGUACAUUAAAUUUUGUCAGUUGCAGCAAGAUAUAGCAGUUGGAUUGGAAUUUGUUUGUUUUUUCGCAAAGGGCUGAGGCAGGAAUUGUAUCCAUGGUUGGAGGAAGCAUUGUUCUGUUUAGUUGACUGUUUUGAGCGCUGGAAGCAAACAUCAAGAGCACAAUUGAAUUGCACCUAAUAAUGGGGUCGUGGCUUUUCUAAGAAGGGAGGACAUCUAUUUAAAAAAAAAAAAAAA